AUGUUCCGCAUAGCAGAAAUCCAGGAGUUGUCCGAGGUGGAACAAUGGCGGUACAUUCCUACUAAAUUAAAUGUUGCGGACUUGGCUACAAAACAAACUAGUAAUCCAGACUUUACUUGGAAAAACCCUUGGUAUAAGGGACCGAAGUUCCUGUAUGAAGCAGAAACUUGUUGGCCAAAUAAUGUUGGCGUACAGAAAUAUAACGAAGAUUCUGAAAUCAGAAAGCAACGAUUGUUGGUGGCUCAUGUAGCAGAGGAGGAACCUCUCAUAGAUGUCUACCGAUUUUCAAAGUGGGAACGUUUAGUUCGAUGCAUGGCCUAUGUAAAAAGAUUUAUGUUUUUACUAUCAACUGAUGAAAUGAAAAAGAAGAAAUCUGUAAACCAAUGCUUGUCAGUCGAGGAACUGAAAUGGAGUGAAAAUUUCUUGUACCAGACUGCCCAGUUACAGGAUUACAAGAAAGAAAUGACCGCAUUAAGUAGAGCCGCUAAUAUUACUCUUUCUAAAAUUAGCUCUUUGCGAAAACUUUCACCAUUCAUAGAUGCACAGAAUGUUUUAAGAAUGAAAGGUAGAUUAGAUAAAGCCGCAUGCAUCGCUGAUUCAACCAAAUUCCCAAUUAUACUAUCAAGGAAAAACUACAUAACUAAAUUGAUCGUAGACUGGUAUCAUCGAAAAUGGAAACAUCUAAAUCAUGAAACGGUGGUUAACGAAAUCUUUCAGAAAUACCACAUUCUGGGACUGCGUAGACUGUUAAAGCAGGUAAGAAAUAGUUGCCAACAUUGCAAGGUUCGUGAUGCGAGUCCAAAGCCGCAGGAAAUGAGUGUGUUACCAGAAACACGACUAUCAGCAUACUCCCGACCAUUCUCACAUGUUGGAAUAGAUUAUUUUGGCCCGUAUACUGUAACAGUAAGAAGACGCUCAGAGAAGCGCUAUGGCGUCGUUUUUAUAUGCCAUACGUGUCGAGCAGUGCAUUUGGAGAUAGCUUAUAGCCUGUCAGCCAGCUCGUGUUGUAUAGUGAUACGAAAUUUCAUAGCCCGAAGAGGAGUGCCGAAUGUCAUCUAUAGUGACAAUGGAACCAACUUAACAGCAGCUGAAAAGGAGUUACGAGAAUCAAUAAAGAACGUAGACUUCAAUGAAUUACAAGCUGAAUUUACAAGUCCGGAAACACAAUGGGUUUUUCUUCCACCAGCUGCGCCGCACAUGGGUGGAGCGUGGGAGCGGAUGGUGCGAUCCAUAAAAACAGUGUUAGGAGCAAUAAUAAGCCCGCAAGCAAAAAUUAAUGAUGAAAAGAUGCAUAACCUGUUCUGCGAGGUAGAAUCAAUCGUAAAUAGCAGACCGCUCACUUAUUUGUCGAUUGAAACAGCAAGCGAAGAAGCGUUAACUCCGAAUCAUUUCUUGUUGGGGUCAUCUUUCGGCAACAAGCCGCCGGGGAAGUUCGAUAGUAACGACGAGCACGUGAAAUCCUCCUGGAGGCAUUCGCAAUACCUUACCGAUCGGUUCUGGAAAAAAUGGAUACAAGAGGUGCUUCCAACGAUGACAAGAUGGACGAAAUGGUUUGGUAAGAUAAAACCUAUCGAAGCAGGUGAUGUCGUCAUUAUUGUUGACCCAAAUUCUCCUCGCUACACAUGGCCGAAACGAAUUGUAAUUAGUGCCAUUAAAGCACGGGACGGGCAGACCAGGAGCGCCAUAGUGCAGACUACUCGAGGGCAAUAUCAUAGACCUGCAGCAAAAUUAGCCGUAUUAGAAGUUCGUGGAGCGGCAGUUUAG